GGGGGAUCGCGUAAUGGCGGACACGGGCCGGGCGAGCACGGCUGGGGGCGUUGCGCGUUGAGGGGGGUCCGGCUGUGUGGCAGCCCGCUAGGCGGUCGGCGGGAGCAAAUCCCGUGUUGAGAUAGGGCGGCUGGCCGGCUUUUCCUGUCUCUGAGGGGGACUGCGCGAGGCCAGGUUGUUUUUCAUCAUUCAGAACAUUGCCUGAAGCAGGUCCACCAUGCCGUUAGUAACGAGAAACAUCGAGCCAAGGCACCUGUGCCGUCAGACGUUGCCUAGCGUUAGAAGCGAGCUGGAAUGCAUGACCAACAUCACCCUGGCAAAUGUCAUCCGACAGCUGGGCAGCCUGAGUAAAUACGCAGAGGACAUUUUUGGAGAGCUCUUUACUCAGGCAAAUACCUUUGCCUCUCGCGUAAGCACCCUUGCUGAGAGGGUUGACCGACUACAAGUUAAAGUCACUCAGCUGGAUCCCAAAGAAGAAGAAGUGUCACUACAAGGAAUCAACACCCGAAAGGCUUUCAGAAGCUCUACCAUUCAAGACCAGAAGCUUUUUGACAGAAAUUCUCUCCCAGUGCCUGUCUUAGAAACAUACAAUACCUGUGAUACUCCGCCCCCUCUCAACAAUCUCACCCCUUACAGGGAUGAUGGAAAAGAGGCACUCAAAUUCUACACCGACCCUUCAUACUUCUUUGAUCUUUGGAAGGAGAAGAUGCUGCAGGACACCAAGGAUAUCAUGAAAGAGAAGAGAAAGCAUAGGAAAGAAAAGAAAGAUAAUCCAAAUCGAGGGAAUGUAAACCCACGUAAAAUCAAGACACGUAAAGAAGAAUGGGAGAAAAUGAAGAUGGGACAAGAAUUUGUGGAGUCCAAAGAAAAGCUGGGGCCUUCUGGGUAUUCACCUGCCUUAGUGUACCAGAAUGGCAGCAUUGGCUCUAUUGAAAAUGUGGAUGUAGGCAGCUAUCCACCACCACCACAGUCAGACUCCGCCUCUUCACCUUCACCUUCUUUCUCUGAGGAGAACUUGCCUCCCCCACCAGCAGAAUUCAGCUAUCCAGCAGACAACCAAAGAGGAUCUGGCUUGGCUGGACCCAAAAGAUCCAGCGUGGUUAGCCCAAGCCAUCCACCCCCAGCUCCUCCUCUGGGUUCUCCACCAGGCCCCAAACCUGGGUUUGCUCCACCACCUGCCCCUCCUCCUCCACCUCCAAUGGGCAUUCCACCUCCACCACCACCCAUAGGAUUUGGGUCUCCAGGGACCCCUCCACCACCUUCACCCCCAUCUUUUCCACCUCACCCUGAUUUUGCUGCCCCUCCACCACCUCCCCUGCCACCUGCAGUGGACUACCCCACUCUGCCACCACCUCCCUUGUCCCAACCAGUAGGCGGUGCGCCUCCCCCUCCCCCUCCCCCUCCCCCUCCAGGACCUCCACCUCUCCCUUUCAGUGGUGGGGAUGGCCAGCCUGCCAUACCACCACCGCCGCUUUCUGAUGCCACCAAGCCCAAGUCCUCCUUGCCUGCUGUGAGUGAUGCCCGUAGCGACCUGCUUUCUGCCAUCCGUCAAGGCUUUCAGCUACGCAGGGUUGAAGAACAGCGGGAGCAAGAGAAACGAGAUGUUGUGGGCAAUGAUGUGGCCACCAUCCUGUCACGUCGUAUUGCUGUUGAGUACAGUGACUCGGAAGAUGACUCCUCUGAAUUUGAUGAGGACGACUGGUCGGAUUAACUCUUUCUGCCUGCCGCCCACCUCCUUUUCUUUCCUUCCUACCUUCCUUUUUUGAUGCCUAUCCUAAUAGUCCUGUGGGAGGGGGGAGAAACAAAAGAAUUUCAAGGGCCAAAGCCUUCCCUGAAGCAACCAAAGAUAUAUCCAAGUGCUUCCUCCAAAUCAACAUGUAUUUUCUCUCCCUAUUAUCAAGAGCAUGGGCUCCUGAGUUUCAUAGCUAAGAUGAGAUGUUCCCUGGUUCCUUCAAGUGACUGUCACAUAUUGAAAGGAAGGAAAACCCCCUGAAGCAGAUUUCUUUGAUUGGGUUUCAAUGGGAAAUGGUAUUCUUCGCUAGGAGCCAUUUUCACUGUGGCCCUCAUUUAAAAUGAGGGCCUCAGUUGAAAAUGGCUCCUAGGGCAGAGUACCAUUUCCAAUUGAAUUCCAACCAUCUUCUGGUCCUAAAGUACUGAGAGCAGACUGUGGGGACACAGUUGUCCCCCUUUCCUGUGUCCUAAGAGGGCAGAGCAGUCUGAGUACCCCGAAGCCAGACCACCUCUUGCCUACUCCUGCUGUCUGCCCUAAUCAGCAGGGUGGGGCUGCCUUUUAUUCAGUGAUCUUUUGACCUGGGAUAUUUUUUUUCCAGGAGGUAACAGACCACUACAGAGUGUCUCAUCCACUUUUCCCAGAAACAAGGUCUCUGAAGGCUGAGGCUGUUGCCUCCCUCCUAGACUCCCUCUUAUCAAGUAUGAUGGUAAAGUGUCCUUUAAAUACCCCUUCCUUGCCCUUAGGUGCCUUUAGGCUCUAUAGCUCAGUUUUAACCUCUAAUAUCUAUGACCAAACUAGCCCUGACACACAGGGACAUGGGUGGGCUUCUGCUGACUGUCAGGAGCAAAGCUUAGAGACUUGGAACUACAGAACUAGAAGGAUGGUAGGAUUCCUUGGGUCUGCCCUCUUAAAGAUGAUGAGGCCUAGACAAGGGAAGUGACUUGCUCAAGGUCACACAGUUGGAUAGUAAUGGAGCAAGAGCCCAGACAUCCUGAUUCCAAGUCACCUGUGCUUUCUGGGACCAAAUAAUGGGCACCUGCUGGAGUCUGGGCAGAGCAGUCUUGGCUCUGUGCUGCUCCAGACCUCCCCAUAGGCAGGGGUCCCAGUCGGAGGCUCAGUGCCUGUGCCAGCCCUGUCAGUGCUGCUCAGACCUUAUAGCCUCUCUUGUAACCCUUUGUUGCCCCUUCCUAUCAUCAGCCAACAACAUGGCCUAGGAGCUGUGCUUCUGGGAAACCAGAGAGAAAAAGAAGAGGGCAGGCAGCUUUGACAGGUGCUGUUUUCAGUUUUACUGCAACUCCUCCCCCUUUUAUUUCCCCAAUUUAAGCAUAGGUUCUACCAGCUGUAGAAACUUGAGUCCCUCAGGCUGGCAGCCACCCCAGGUACCUGCCUUGGUGUGUGUGUCGGGGGGUGCCUAGCAGCCGUGAAGAGGGCUGAAGGGUGGAAGGGCUCAGGGUCUUCCCUUACUGCACACGGUAAUGUUCAUCCCCCCACCCCCAGCCAUUUCCCAGAGUUUAUACACAGGUGCUAUUAUUUAGGAAAAAACUGGUCAGCUCUGGCCAACAGCAAGGUUUUUCUCUUCUGCCCCAACUAUUGUGUGGCCUCUCAUGCUGAAAUCAGCUUCUCCAGCUUUCAGAGCCUGAAACAAAGAGAAAAAGGAUCUGUCUCUACCCAGCACAGCAAAUGGUUGUAGUAAUUGCCAAAGCCCUCAUAAACCCCUCCGGCUUGAGGAGAGUAUAAUCGUGGGCACUGCUGCCUGCCCUUGCUGAAUACCUCCCUCUGCCUCCUUUCUUGAACUUAGGAUGUGGGGAGAGCCUGCAAGUGCCAGAAUAUGCUUCUGCUGCAGCUACUCCAGAGUGUGCCCUCCUCCUACUCCCCAGAUAAGGUAUCUCCUGCACGGGGCUUGGCACCCAACUCCAUGCUGAGCACACCAGGCUGGGCCUGCCCAGCCAUGUCCCCUACUUGCACUUUGGAAGCCGAAGGUCCUUUUAUCAGAACCCUGAAAUGCUGUUGAAGGUGCCCCGGCUGCAGCCCAGCAGCGGCUGGAGAGGCAGGCGGAGGGCAGUGUUUCUCCCAAAUAGGAGUCCUGGGGCCUGGCCAGGCCAGGGUUUGGGCCUAAUGGCUGUGAGUAAAUUACCCCCAUCCUCCUCCUUUCCGGAAGAGGGGGAGCCAGAGCCACUCACUAUCAUUCUGCUCUGACCUUGAAGGGGGUGGUGUUGGCCUGGCUUCUGGAAUGGACAGAGUCCACCGCAGAAAGGGCUGGGGGCAGGAGGAGGUGGGGAGGGGCCCUGCCUGCGGAAGGUAGGAUUAGAUCAUUAGCUCAGUGACCUCCUAGGGUUUCGAUGUGCUGUGUUCUCAUCCUACAGCUGGUUUGGUAAUGAUCUGCAAGUCCCGGAGAGCAACAGCACAGCUCUGCCUGACGCUCUCAUUAAAAUCUAUGCAGCCAAGCUCGGUGCUUUGUAGCAGCCGGCCUUGCGAAGCCUCCUCAGCUCGGGGGGCUGGGGACCCAGUCAGCUGAGAGGCCCUCUGGGCUCUACUUAUGCAUAUGUGCACCAAAAAAAAAAAAAAAAAAAA